CUAGCAUUUAUGGGGGGUUUGCAAAGUAGGCGGACCUAACGCGACCCCCACAGUUGAGCUACAGAAGUCUUUACAAUUCCAACCAUUUCUGUUGCUGCUGGUGUGAGAGAGCGCCGGUCCAAAUGUGCGUAAAUACCCACGAAUAGGCAGGUAGGUAGAUAUUACCUCAUUCACUGGGAAAAAGAAAGAGAAAACGCGUGAGGAGAAAGAGGUUCAUCAGAGACCAUCGCAUUUAUUCCCACUCAUCAGAGGAAUUACCUAGAAAGCUUCGUGACAAGAGCCUGUGAUAUUCACGAUAUUGAGGAAUCCACUUGGAUGAUGGACCCUGCUGAGUCAGAGAUGAACAUCUUGUCCAACGGGAAAAGUCAUGACCUCAGAGAUGACGCGGAUGUGCCAAUGAAAACGUUUCUAGAAGAGGAUCAAAAUGGCACUCAAACAGUCAGAUUUGACGAUCCUGAUGGAGGACUGGAGAAUGAGGAAUUUUUGCCCACUGCAGAUGGAAAGAAACCUAUACGCUUCACAGAUUUUGAAGGAAAGACCUCUUUAGGCAUGUCUGUCUUCAACCUCGGUAAUGCUAUUAUGGGCAGUGGAAUCCUGGGAUUGGCCUAUGCCAUGGCCAACACUGGCAUACUCCUCUUCUUGUUUCUUCUGAGUGCAGUAGCAGCCUUGUCAUCCUACUCCAUUCAUCUGCUGCUCAAAUCCUCUGGCAUUGUGGGUAUUCGAGCUUAUGAACAGCUGGGGUACAGGGCUUUUGGCACUCCUGGAAAAAUGGCUGCUGGUAUAGCAAUAACCCUGCAGAAUAUUGGAGCUAUGUCCAGCUACCUGUACAUCGUUAAAUCUGAGUUACCACUGGUCAUCCAAGCUUUCCUGAAGGAGGAUCCCAACUCUGAUCUGUGGUACUUGAAUGGAAACUACCUGGUCAUCAUGGUCUCUGGCAGUAUCAUCUUGCCCCUGGCUUUAAUGAAACAGCUCGGUUACCUCGGUUAUACCAGCGGAUUUUCUCUCAGCUGCAUGGUGUUUUUUCUCAGUGCUGUUAUCUAUAAGAAGUUUCAGAUUACCUGCCCAUUCGAGGAGUUUUCAGCCAACAGUACUGCUGCCCACCUCAGCCUGAAUGUCUCAAGUCAUGGCCAUGACUACAACAAUGGUCUGGUUCACGAGGAUGAUGACUCCCAUUGCUCACCCCGCAUGUUCACCAUCAACUCACAAACAGCAUACACUAUUCCCAUCUUGGCUUUCGCCUUCGUUUGCCACCCCGAGGUCCUCCCCAUCUAUACUGAGCUCCGCAAUCCAACGCAGAAGAGGAUGCAGAAGGUGUCCAACAUCUCAAUCUUUGUCAUGUACAGCAUGUACUUUCUGGCAGCUCUCUUUGGCUACCUGACCUUUAAAGACAAUGUGGAGCCUGAGCUGCUGCACACUUACAGCCGGAUUGACCCAUAUGACACUCUGAUCCUGUGUGUGCGAGUGGCUGUCCUCACUGCCGUAACACUGACAGUCCCUAUUGUAUUGUUCCCUGUACGUAGAGCCAUCCAGCAGAUGUUAUUCCCCACCAAGUCUUUUAGCUGGUUGCGUCACAUUGCCAUCGCGCUCAUUCUGCUCACCUUCAUCAACAUGCUGGUGAUAUUCGCUCCUAACAUUCUGGGCAUCUUCGGCAUCAUUGGUGCCACGUCGGCUCCCUGCCUCAUUUUCAUCUUCCCUGCCGUCUUUUACAUCCGCAUCGUUCCCAAAGACGUAGAACCCAUGAACUCUACACCCAAGAUAGUGGCUAUCUGUUUCGCUGCUUUGGGUGUCUCUUUCAUGGUGAUGAGUCUGAGCUUCAUUUUUGUCGACUGGACAACAGGGGGCGGCCUUGCUGCUGGAGGCCACUAGACGCUAAUUAACUGUGUGUGAGAGCUUUGGAAAGCGGGGGAGGGGGGACAACUGGUUAAUUUAAAGGGAGCCCUAACACCUCAGUGAGAAGACACUACAAGGCUGCCCAGCAAGCCAGGUUUUUGUAACAAUACGAAAUAUAAAGUAUAGUAUGUUGGUUGGAAUCAUACUGGUAUUGAUCAAGUUACAUUUUUUUUUGCCUGUAACUUAACACAUCUCUGGUCAAAAUCCUUUCAUAAUGAUGUUCGAUAAUUCAUUUUAAUGUAGUGCAAUGUUAAUGCAAUUUCUACAAUUAAUCAGGGCUGAUCAGGGUCUUUUUUAUUACCAUCUGUUGAAAUGGUCCUUUUCUUGUUGCUUCAUCUUUAUUUACACACAAACAACUGACGGCUGGUACUGUACAGACAAAGAAGGUGUGAUUGUCUGUUAGGCUGAAGACAUCAAGAUAUACAUGAGAAAGGGCUAAAUAACUCACAAGUUGUUUUCCACAGGACGCAGAACAGAGGCCAGUCAGAUGAUCUCACCCAGAUCCAGAACUCUGAACUGUGCCAUUACGGUGUAAUAUAACACACAAAAAAAAAUUAUUUAAGACCUUAAAGUGCAGGUGACAUUUUAUUGUUAUGUCAUAUUUCAUACAGUCUAAGCUUUUGUUCCAGAUCAGCUAACUUAAUUCAGAAACCAUGGUGCCUUUUAGCAUUUGGAACACCCCGCGAACUUACAGUAAAAACAGGAGUGUAUAUUUAUUUAGCUAUUAUAUCUGUCAAAAUUUCAAAUAGACUAUAUUUAACUACUGUAUAUGAUGAAGUCAAUGAUCCAAAUACAUCAGUUUUUUGUUUUAGCUUACAAUAUAUAGAUGAUGGAAGGUGUUCUGACUGAUAAUAUUUUAAAUGCUUAUAAAAUACAAAGAGCAGUAUUUUAGGAUUUGAUACCUCCCUUUGCAAAACUUUUAGCACACAUAUGCCAAACUGUGACCUUCAAUAUAAAUCAAGUACAGUUCACCCCGACAGUUGACCUUUGAGUCUAGCUCAUUCAUUUCUUAAAUUCUUGAUACCCCCUUUAAACCUCUCAUUGCGUUUUUAUAUAAAUUCAGAAAGCACUUCUUCCACACUUUAUAAUAUCACAUAUUCUGCAUCUACAUGUUACUUAAUUGAAGUUUUAUGAUGCAUAACAUUUUAUGAUCAAUUCAUAUAAAUUCUAACUCAAGCUGUGUUUUUUGAGGCUGCUCUGGAAACUCAAAUGAAAGGAAUAGUUUGACAUUUUGGGAAGUACCUUCGUUCAUUUUCUUGUCAUCGAUACCACUCAUAUCUGUGUGUAAUAUACAACAAUAUACAGUCAGCUUAGCUUAGCUUAGCAUGAAGACUGGAAGCAGGGAGAAACAGCUACUUGGGCUCGGCCCAAAGGUAAAACAAAAUCAGCCUGCCGGCACCUCUAAAGCUCACUUAUUAACACUUUAUAUCUGGUUUAUUAAACUUGCAGUCUCAUUACCAGCAGAGAUUCACUUUCCUCUAGUAAGUGAGAAAUAUGGUAUCUAGCAGGUAGUUUCUGUUUCCCAGGCUCUGAGAUAAACUAGACACGUAAGCAAUGUACAUAUCUCAGAACCUAUGCAUAUAAAACCAAACACUAUUGGCUAUACACCUAGCUACUUUAUAAAAGGUAAGUUAGGUUUAUUUUUCUAUCAUUUGGGUGAACCCACCCAAGCUUUAUGGGUUUGAUGAAUACCUGGCCAAGCAACAUGAAUUUGUACAGAUGAACCCACUGGUGGGUCUGGCAGAGUUUCACAAGUUAAUUUUAUUCAUUUGAAAACAUAUUUUGCAUUUUUGUUUCUGUUGCAACAUCUUUGCUGUACUGAUUUGUAGUAUUUUGAUGUGCUAUUUCACCCUUGUUGAUUUUUUAGACUUGAUGUUAAUGUUUUGCAUGCUGUUACGUCCAGUCUGUCCUGUAGUUGGUUUAGUGAACUGCACAGUAACAGAGAUUUUCCUGCUGACAGUUGUCAUACAUAAUUGUUAUUGUAAUACUGUACUUGGCAUCUUAUAGUGGAGCGUACCGAAGUCCUCUACUGUGCUAGUUAUUAUAGUGUGAUAUUAGUAUUAUGAAGCCCUUCUUAAAAGAUGCUACAUUAACUAAUGGUUCCAACAUGACUGUUGAGAUGUUCUGUCAGUGAUGAGGUGUUCAUUUUUGAGCUUAAUAUAGGGAUGAGGAUGGAUCAGUAAUUCUUCAGCUGAACUUUGCGUCCCACAGUAGUAUUGAGAACCUGCAUAAAAAUUCACUUCACAUACUACAGGUGCAUUGAAUUAUAAUAGAUCAUAAAUUAACACUUUUUAAAAAAAAAGAUGGUUUUAUAUCUCAGGCUUCAGAAAAGUCCUGCGUAUAUCAUUACUUCCCACUCUCAUUUUAUUUAUAUAUUACUCUAUUCUGUGUUUGUUUAGCAGAUUUGAUUUUUAUGGAUAGAUUAUGAACAACAGCAGAGGAGUCCCUUGCUUUUCCACAUGCAUUUGCAGUGUUGUGUUGUAAACGAAGGUUUAGUUUUGACAUAUACAUACAACAGUUUUUCUUGACUUUAAGGGAAACAUAACAAAUUACUACCUACUGCUUAACAGUUACCACAGUUUUAAUCCCACACGCAGUAUAUCAAAUUAUGCAAUUGCACUGAUGUGCGUUAUGCAUAAAUAAAUCUAUGUGAUAUUUUAUUAGAGCUGUUGUUCAAGACAUAAAUCUAUGGAAAUGACACGACUAUAAAAUAACAAUAAGGUAUAUGAAUUUUGGUGAAUAAGACAUGGCUUUAUAUAAAUACUGUAUAUAAAUGUAAACCUUUUAUAUUUGUGAUGCAUAUUUACUGGAGCUUGUAAAGUGUAAAUAGCAGGGACAGUUUUAGUUUGGCAAUAAAAUAAUUGUAG